AAUCAGUCUUCCUCCACGUCCAUCACGGUCUACAACGAGCACGGAUCGCUACCAACAGUCUCAAUCACCGUCAAUCUGCUCUCAUAUCAUCUCGACAACGAUACAUGGACCAGAGAAUUCCAACUUCGGCAGAUAUGGACGGUGGCCAGUCCAAACGCGUCGGUUGAUUGGCAACUUGGGCAUUGCUGCUUGCCCAUGUUCGGUAGCUCACCCAUGAAAAUAGCCUGCAAUAUUGGAAUCGGGGGAACCAGGCAAAAACGUCUACGUGAUGGAUAAACCGGUGUGACGACUGUUGUCGUUGGUGUUGAUCAUGAUUCGCAUGAACCUCGCGAAACUCUACGGCUCGAGACGGCCCUCUAAUCUCGAUGAAAUUCGCCGCGUUGUGGAGAGUGUGCUGAGCGAUAAACAACAAUCCAGGAAUCUUUCGGGAACCAAAGGAGAAGAUGCGCAGAUUUGGCUGGAUACACUUCAAGUGCUCGCUGAAGUUCCUGAGGUGGGGAACAAACUACGUUCGUCGAUUCUCAAGGUGAUGCUUCACCUGUCCAAGCGGUCCGGCCUCUGCCCACAAUGCCUCAUGAUCAAAAACGUGAAAAGACUCGGAGAUUAUCCUGUUGGAGGUGGUGGUUUUGGAGAUGUUUGGAAGGGCAAAAUCGGGGCGCAAAUUGUGUGCUUGAAGGUUGUGAAGGUUUACUUGGUUUCUGAUGUACAAGAUCUACUGAAGGAAUACAUGCGAGAAGCGAUUGUUUGGCAGCAGCUCAGACAUCCUAAUAUCCUCCCGUUCCUGGGAAUGUACUACUUGGACAAGGCUCGAGGACAGUUGUGUUUGGUCUCUCCGUGGAUGGAACGAGGGAACCUAGUACGGUUCUUGAAAGAGACUCGCAGGGAAGACGUGGAUCAUUAUUCAUUAGUCUACGAUAUCGCUUCUGGAGUAUUAUAUCUGCACAGCAAGAAGAUUGUUCACGGUGAUCUGAAAGGCGUCAACAUACUGAUUACACCGGAUGAACGUGCCUGUAUUGGAGAUUUUGGGUUGUCGAGAGUAGCCGACACUCAUGCGCUCAGAUUGACUUCUUCCACAACGAUCCAUUCAAAGGGAACGACGAGAUGGCUUUCACCCGAGCUUUUGAAGUCGGAUCCACCGUGUCCUUCUUCAACAAGCAGUGAUAUAUAUGCUUUUGCUUGCGUGUGUUAUGAGAUCUUCAUGGGGAAUGUUCCAUUCUACGAACUUGCGGAAGGUGCAGUCAUUGUCGCUGUAUUGUUAGACAAGAAGGUUCCAUCACGUCCCAUAUCGCCUCUGAACGUGAACGACUACAUGUGGAAUGUUAUGGUGUCUUGCUGGAACACGAAAGCCCAGCUUCGACCGAGUGCAUCUGAAGUGUUCGCUCGUCUCGAUGGGAUCCAGAGUUCGAAAACGGGUAGCAAUAUUGAACCUGCUUCUGCUUGGGAUACCUUCGAUUUGACUCAGCUCUGGAAGAACGUGAAGUACCCUCUCCUUGACACCGCAGCGCUUGUGCGACUUCAGAAAAAACUCAGAAUACAGCGGGUGGUGGCGCCGACACAAACGUUUACUCUAGAUAUGCAGGGUACAGAUUUCGGGACCAGAUUUGAUACCACCCUGGACGUCGGAGGGUCGACAUUUCAGCUCGAAUGUGAUGCCGCACAGAAAAUCAUCGUUGGAAGAUGGAAGGAAGCACGUCGACAAAAGGUGCUUGAUUUCGCGUACGCUGAUCUCGGGGCUAGAGUCGCAGAUUGGAGAGGGGCCCCACUGCACACUUGCGGUCGGCUCAUCUUUCACGAAACCCUCGUCUAUAUCGGCCCGAACUCUGAUGGUCAAUACCGUGUCUACCUCUUUGAGAAGAUCAUCUUUUUUUGCUGGGACCCCACUCCUGCUCACUAUCAUUUUGCGGAGAACGGGAAUAUUGUGUUCGCGCCGAGACAAAGACAAAGACCGAUUACAGUCCGAGGCCUCACUGAUUCGAAGACCAUAGUCAAGACCGAAGCAGCUGAAAUAGUCGGAACGUCUUCGGUGCAGUACCUGCUAUGUAUAUGGUGGAAGGCAGACAAUCGUUCAGGAAACUAUUCACUGGAGUUUCCUCAGAAGAGUCAAAUGCUCGCAUGGUGUUCAGCGAUAACGAGCCUCAUCCGCCCACCUGGCACUGAUCGUGAUCAUGAAGCGCAGACGUCAACUUAUCCAUCACCUCCUAACACACCGAGCUCAGAUCACGCUCCAGAACCGAACAACGUAUCCAGGACAAAUAAUAAAUCCAGUCGAGUGGUGGUUGUCGGUCAUUCUGAUCGCGAAGCUCUAGAUGACGGGCGGCCCCUUCCUCCAUUGGCAGACUUGCCGAGCUCAAUCCAGGAGAGCGAAACAGACUCAACUAGCCAGUGGGGUCAAGCGGCGGUCAUUAGUCGUUCCGAUUCCAGUUUUGAAGGCAAGAACAGACCAGUGAUACUAGUUCGUGUGAAGGUGCAUUUCCUGCAGGAUAUCUUUCUCCUCGAUGUUCCACAUUCAGUCGGAUAUGAAGAACUGGCUGGAAUGAUUUGUCGAGGAUUGAGUAUUAACCGUUAUGUGCGUUCGAUACUUAUCAAAUGGAAGAGUGAGAGGGAAUGUGUUCAGUGGGUGACGCUUUUAACGGAUGCGGAUGUUGGAAAAGCGUUGUCGGAGGUGUAUGAGGAGGGGAAGAUGACUACCUUAUAUGUGUCAUAGCAUCUACUUCGGCGCUGUUCUACGGUAGAAAGUAGGCGCCGUUCCCACCUUUUGUCUUUAACGUUUUGUAAAGAAUACAAAAACAAAAGCACUCAAUCUCGCG